ACUUCGCUUUCUCUGGUUCUCUCUCUUCACUUUUCUUCUUCUCUUCUCCCUAAGCUCCAUAGGCACUAAACCACUCUUUUGACCUACUGUGAGUGAGAGAGAGAGAGAGGGCUGCAAAGAUAAAAAGGGAAGACAUCAUUGAAGCUCUUUUCUCUUUAUUUCAGAAUCUCAUAACCUAGACAUCUCUUCAUUUCAAGAAAAAAAAAUGGUUUGGUCUCGGAAACAUUUCUUCUCAAUGCUCUUCUUCUUCCUCUUCUGCUUCCUCUCUCUCUUCACUCGUCCUUCUCUCUCCUCCACGUUUCUUGUAGACGGUGUCUCUGUCUGGAAAUCUCCCGUUGUUCAUAUCGGCGACUCCGUUAUUUUCAGACAUAAGUACGGAUACGAUCUCUACAUCUUCAGGACCAAAGAUGCAUUCAAUGUCUGUGACUUUACUCAAGCCACUCUUCUUACAAAGCCUAACUCCACUUCUUUCACGUGGUACCCAUCAAGACCAGGCUCUUACUACUUUUCCUUCACAAACAACACAUCUCUUCCCAAAACCUGCCAACCCAACCAGAAGCUCUCAGUCCAAGUCAUCCUCGCCGCCGCCGCAUCUCCGCCGUCACAACCACCAACACCGGCGAUCGCACCUGUUCCAGUCUCGGAAGGAGGAGUGAUAUCGUCUUCUCCGUCUUACCCAUGGCCUUUAGGACCAAGAGAAGGUUCAGCUCUCUCUCCGGGACCUUCUCCGUCGGAGAUCACGUCGGUGACAGUUCCCGGGAAAGACGGAGUCCCGUUCAUCAACAGUAAUCCGGCGGUUCCACUUCCCACCGGAGAAGUCGACUCUACUUCCAUUAACCCUUUACCCACUUCCACAAAUUCAGCACAUCAGGUGAUGAUGACAGUAACGGUGAAGCUAGUUUUGUCUUGUGUAGCCUUGUUUCUUCUACUUGUAGAGAGAUAAUUAGUAGCAGUUUUUCUUUGACAGUUGUAGCUUUUUAUGGAGGAAUGAUUACGUUUUCUGAUCUUAUUGCUAAUCCAAAUUAACAUUAAUCUUGUAAUCAUUCAUUCUCCCUUUUGCUUUUAAUUUUCUCUUAUAGUAAGUAGGUGCUCUCUUGUUAGAAUCUUAAGGAGUUUUUAUUUUAUUAUAUUUUGUGAUGUGCAUUUUAAUAAAUCAGUGUGGUUUC